CAAAGGCCAAAGCCAGCAGCAGCCAACCAGCCCUCAGCCCCUCAUCAACUAGCUCUAUUCAAGCAGUACUACCAGUACAGCUUCUCCUCUGGCCUUUCGACAACGCAGCAAACCUCCACUGUUCAAGGUAGCCAGAGGAUGAUGAGGCGUUGCGGCGGUCUCUCUUCGCCGCUCGCGGCCGUGUCCCUGCUCCUCCUCCUCAUCUGCUUCUUCCACCGCGCGGCGGCGGCUCGCCCCCUGCCGGCUGCUGCUGCUGUUCCUCUUCAGGUUCACCAAGAGGAUGUAGCCAAGGUUGCUGCAGAUGGCGAGCCGGUGCUUCAGAAAGGCGCCGCGGGUAGUGGCGAUGAGCUCUCUGCUGAGGUGAUGAUGGGAUCAGAGGAGGAGGCGGCGGAGGAGCCGGCGUGCGAGGAGGGGAACGACGACUGCAUGCAGCGGCGGCUGCUCCGCGACGCGCACCUCGACUACAUCUACACCCAGCACAAGGGCAAGCCAUGAGCUAGCGAGGAUCCCCAUCUUCUCUGGCGUACGUUGGGAGUGUGCGGGGGACAAAGUCGUACACGCUGCAAAGUUGACACUGCUGGGAAUCUCAUCUCUAGUAUAUCUACCUUCUGCUACCUACUGCUUACAAUUUCUCUGCCACUGAUCAACCAGUAUCCGGGGAUCCAUGUAGGAUUAAUAUAUGUGUGUGACUGUCAUCACCUCGUUUGUACAUCGUCUCUCUUGGCCAUGUAUAAUACAUGCAUCGUAACCACCAUUUUCUUCAAGUUUUUGCUUGCUUUGUAUCCCUGCAGUAUAUAUGAGGUUGUGAA